AUGAAAACGUCUCUUGCUCUGCCACAUCUAUCUUUAGGAGAUCAACAAUUAUUUCAAUUUCUGUUCGUAUUUACUGCAGCUUCAGUUGCGUGCCAUGUGAAAUUUCAAACAAAGGCAGGAAAACGUAUUGAAUGGUUUUGGAAAUCGAACGAUAAUCCAUUUUCAAAUGAAGAAUCAGCGGAAUGGAAUCGAUAUUCGGAUGUUGAAAAUACCAUUAUCGAAGAAGCAUUUUCGACAUUGAAGAAAACUCACGUUAUUAUCGACGAUUAUCAUAUUGAUUUCGAGCAUCGAGUUCAAAUUGCAAACGAUGACAAAACUAAACAACGUCCAAUCAAGCGAGUAGAAAUGAACAAAGAAGAAGGAGGACGAUUGCGAGAAGCACGUUUCAUGCCAAAUCCAAUAGUUCCUAGCAGUUCGUUUCAUGAUUUAGUUGGAUUGAGAAAGAUUUUUAUCGACAGUUUCAUGAAAUCCAUCGAUCUUAAAUCUGUCAACGAUUGGGAAAAGCGAAAAUAUGAGAUUGUAGAGAAAGCAAAAUUGGGAAUUCUGCAUGAAGGACAACUCGUUGGAAAACAAUGCGAAGCGAAAUGGAUUGUUGAACAGUUAGAAAAAGUCAAAGACAAAACAAAGAAAGACAUUGGCGAAUGUUGUGUCUAUAUUUAUACUCUUGAAUCAUUUCUUUACAAAAUUCUCAAUCACGCGAUGCGUCUCAUUGGUGACAUAGAUCAUGAAAAUAGCUGGCAAAGUAAAAUAGAAACGUUAGGUCCAUUUGCUUUUCUUCUCUACUAUUAUUUAUCUUACGAAAAUCUAACCCAUCGAACAAAUACCACCGUGUAUCGAGGUGCUCAAUUGACCGAUGAAAUGAUCGCUGCAUAUCAACAUGUUGCUCGUAGCAAAGAUCCACGAAGAUCAUUUCAAGCAUUUACAUCGUGUAGUCGCAACCGAGCAAAAGCCGAACAGUUUGGCAAUGCUUUAUUUGUACUGAAUGCGGAAAAUCGUAUUUCAUAUCGUACGUUGAACAUGGAUAUUUCUGCUCUAUCUACUUAUCCGGACGAAGAAGAAAUACUCAUACGACCAGGACGAUCGUUUAAAAUUGAACGUGUUGAAUUCGACAAAACGAAAAACAAACAUAUUAUCUAUUUAACGUCGAUAUCAACAAGCGAUGCAAACUAA